AUUUCAGUUCUCUACACGCUGAACUUUGGUCGGAUUAGCCCUAGUUUUCAGAACGUAACUGAAAGGACAAGUGUGCGGUGUUGCAAAAUAUCACGCCAGGAGCUGGGUGGGAAAGAAGGAAAGAUUAGUGUGUUUCUCAAAAAGAGGUCAGGCUGUAUUUGCGCUUACAACAAAGUUUUGUGAACCUCGUUUUUUCUUCAUCUAUCUGAGAUUCUGCACACACAACAUCACAAAAUCCUCACCAUGUGGGACAGGCAGGGUUUCUUACUUUGAAAGUGUCAGUUUGUCUCCUUUUAUAAGACCACAUAUAUCGCAAUAGCUGUGCUGUCAUGCUAGUUUUCAUUUCCUGGUGGAUUCCUAUUUUUCAGCUGUAACCGUCUGUACCUGGAGACAGUUUGGGGUUAAGAAGAAGCAGUUCAGAAAACCAGCAGUGUUCAUUUUGAUGUGUUUGCGGUUUAAAUCACAUCUCUGACUUAGCCCCGCCUCUCUCAGCUGCGACUGACAGAGGCAAAACACCAGAGAGCUGCAGGACUCAGUCUGACACCAAGCACAGAGGAAGGCAGACGAUCUCCAGAGAACAGCGCAAGAAGGAGAUCAAGUUGGAGAAAAGGAUAACCUCGCAUUUUGUUGGACUUUGUUAAACGGAGUAAAGCGGAUUUGAUUCUUAUGAUUGUGAGUAAAGACUGUAAAGUAUGUUUUAUUUCCCUUUUAAGUGGAUUACUCUGAGAAACACCUUGAACUCGUAGCACGAUGGAAGCUGUUGGAAAGAGUCAAGUUGAGCUUUGGAAAUGCUUCUGCUGGUAGCUUAUUGAACAGUUUGUGUCAGAGUAAUAAUGGUUGAGCCAGCUGGGUUUGUGGAAGCAUGGAGAGCGCAGUUCCCUGAGUCUGAUCCCCCUAGCAUGGAGCUCAACUCACUGGGGAACAUUGAGCAGGAGUUGGACAAAUGCAAGUCAUCCAUCAAACACCUGGAGAAGGAAGUAAACAAGGAGCGCUUUCGCAUGAUCUACCUGCAGACUCUGCUCGCAAAGGAGAGGAAGUCUUACGAUGGGAAGAGAUGGGGGUUUAAAAGGAUGGCAGAGACAAAUGAUGAAGACAGCCAGAGGUCCAGCAUAGAUGAGGCAGGAGCAGAGGAGCAGCAGCACAAGUACAGGGGGCCUGGUAAGACAGUCAAGUGCAAACCUCAUGCAGACAUUGAGAUGGAUUGUGCCCCUGACAGCAAACAGAAGGGUGGGGUGUCACCUGUCCGCCAAGACUCUGAGCUUCCUGAUUUCCCAGUGGGUCCGGGCUCGGUGGCAGCUCUUAGAUCCAACUUUGAGCGCAUCAGGAGGGCAAACUCCCACACAGCGGGAGAUUGCAAGGGGCUGUCAGUGACAGGAGGCCAAGAGAAACCCUUCUACGCAAACAUGGAGUAUCAUCAAGAGCGAGGGCUGGUCAGAGUCAACGACAGGGAGGUUUCAGACAAGAUCAGCAACCUGGGCUGUCAAGCCAUGCAGAUGGAGCGAAAGAGGUCCCUGCAUUCACUCCCAGGGAACCUGUCAGCCGCCACGGGGGAUAUCAGCAAGGCCGUUCAGAGAGGCAGAUCCACCGAGGGGAACUGCAGCUACAACGGGUCAUAUGAAGACUCCGAGGUCAGCCCACACCCCCUAAAAGAAGGCGAGGGGCGCUACUCUAUGGGGAAAUCUGAGCAGCAGCCGGUGGAGUGCCACGCUUACACCAGCGUGUACGUUGGGGGGAUGAUGGGUGAUGGGGAUAUGCGAGUCAUCCACAUCAGGGACCACGGCACAGAUGAGGACACGCACCUCACCUGGCCGAGGCGCUCCUACUCUCCAGGGAGCUUCGACGACGUGGGAGGAGGCUACACGCCGGACUGCAGCUCCAACGAGAACCUGACCUCCAGCGAAGAGGACUUCUCCUCAAGCCAGUCCAGCCAGGUGUCUCCCAGCCCCACCACCUAUCAGAUGUACAGGGAGAAAAGCCGUUCACCCUCCCAGCAGUCCUUCGACAGCAGCAGCCCGCCCACACCUCUGUCUCAGAUUCGCCUGAAGCAGCAGGGAAUGAUUUCUGACACCUGCAUCACUGGACUCCGCAAGGCGAGCCACAUCUGGCCCAGUGAUGGAGACUCCACCACGUCCAGCAGGACCUCUCAUGACAACAGCAUUCAAGGAGAUCUAGAGGCAUCCUACAACGAAAACUCUCCAUCAUAUGGCUACGACCUGGAGCAUUCAGACGAGCUUGGGCCUCGCCACGGACCUCUGUCCUUCACGGGAUCUCCUACCUCCUCGCCACGGCUCCGCUCCAAAAUCAGGAACAACCGAGACAACCAGUCAUCUGGUUCUCUGGACUCCCCGCUGUCGGUGGAGCUGGAUCAGGAGAAGGGGUUAGAGAUGAGAAAGUGGGUUCUGUCAGGAAUCCUGGCCAGUGAAGAGACCUACCUCAGCCACCUGGAGGCCCUGCUGAUACCCAUGAAACCUCUGAGGGCAGCAGCCACAACAUCCCAACCGAUGCUGACCAUCCAGCAGAUAGAGACCAUCUUCUUCAAAGUACCGGAGCUUCAUGAGAUCCACAAAGACUUCUAUGAUGCUCUGCUGCCUCGAGUAGAGAGCUGGAGCCACCAGCAGUGUGUGGGCGACCUUUUCCAGAAGCUGGCCAGCCAGCUCGGAGUGUACCGGGCCUUUGUGGAUAACUAUAAGGUUGCUGUGGAGACGGCAGACAAGUGCUGCCAGGCAAACGCUCAGUUUGCAGAGAUAUCUGAGAAUCUCAUGGUCAGAAGCACAAAGGAUUGCAAAGACCAGUCGGCUAAAUAUUCACUGGAAACUCUCCUCUACAAGCCUGUGGACAGAGUGACGCGCAGUACUCUUGUUCUGCAUGACUUACUGAAGCACACACCUUCCAGCCACCCAGACUAUCCGCUGUUACAGGAUGCCCUGCGCAUCUCCCAGAACUUCCUGUCCAGUAUAAAUGAAGAGAUCACACCGCGCAGGCAGUCCAUGACAGUAAAGAAAGGAGAGAACCGUCAGCUCCUGAGGGAUCGCUUUAUGGUGGAGCUGGUGGAAGGUUCCAGGAAACUCCGUCACGUCUUCCUCUUCACCGACCUGCUGCUCUGCACCAAGCUGAAGAAACAGGCUGCAGGGAAAGGGCAACAGUAUGACUGUAAGUGGUACAUCCCCCUGGCUGACCUGACCUUUCAGACCAUCGAGGACUGCGAGUCCAGCCCCGUCCCUCUCGUUCAGGAUGAGGAGAUUGAUGCACUGAAGAUCAAAAUCUCCCAGAUCAAGAACGAUAUCCAAAGAGAGAAGAGAACCACUAAAGGGUCCAAGGUGAUUGAGCGACUGAGGAAGAAGCUGUCAGAGCAAGAGUCCCUGCUGCUUCUCAUGUCCCCCAACAUGGCUUUCAGGGUGGCCAACAGAAACGGCAAAGGCUUCACAUUUCUGAUCUCUUCUGAUUACGAGCGUGCAGAGUGGAGGGAGCUCAUUCGUGAGCAGCAGAAAAAGUGCUUUAAAAGCUUCUCUCUGACUUCUCUGGAGCUGCAGAUGCUCACCAACUCGUGUGUGAAGCUCCAGACUGUUCACACAAUUCCAAUGACAAUGAAUAAGGAGGAUGAUGAGUCACCUGGUUUAUAUGGCUUCCUGAAUGUCAUUGUCCACUCUGCAUCGGGGCUCAAACAGAGCUUGAACCUGUACUGCUCUCUGGAGGUGGAUGCCUUUGGCUACUUUGUGAACAAAGCUAAAACACGCAUGUACAGAGACAGCACAGAGCCCAACUGGAACGAGGAGUUUGAGAUUGAACUGGAGGGCUCUCAAACGCUGAGGCUGCUCUGCUACGAGAAGUGCUGCAGCAAAGUGAAGCAAAGCAAAGAGGACGGAGAGGUCACAGACAAGAUUGUGGCUAAAGGACAAAUAAAGUUGGAUCCACAGACGCUACAAAGUAAAGACUGGCAGAGGACAGUCAUCACCAUGAAUGGGAUUGAGGUGAAGCUUUCCAUGAAGUUCACCGGCAGAGAGUUCAGUUUGAAGCGAAUGCCUUCCAGGAAGCAGUCUGGCGUCUUUGGAGUGAAAAUCAACGCAGUAACAAAGCGAGAACGCUCCAAGGUCCCGCUCAUUGUCCGCCAGUGUGUAGAGGAGAUUGAGCGACGGGGCAUGGACGAAGUUGGGAUUUACAGAGUAUCUGGUGUCGCAACUGACAUUCAGGCGCUGAAGGCUGCCUUUGAUUCAAACAACAAGGACGUGGCUCUCAUGAUGCGGGAGAUGGACGUAAACGCCAUCGCGGGAACACUGAAGCUGUAUUUCCGUGAGCUGCCGGAGCCUCUUUUCACUGAUGAGUUGUACCCAAACUUUGCUGGAGGCAUUGCUCUUUCUGACAGUGUGGCCAAGGAGAGCUGUAUGGUCAACCUUCUGCUGUCCCUACCGGAGCCUAAUCUGUUGACUUUUCUCUUCCUGCUUGACCACUUGAAAAGGGUGGCUGAAAAUGAAAUCAUCAAUAAGAUGUCUUUGCACAACAUAGCCACCGUCUUUGGCCCCAAUUUGCUUCGGCCGUCUGAAAAAGACAGCAAACUCUCAAGCAGCUCGCAGCCAAUCUCCAUGAACGACUGCUGGUCCCUAGAGGUCAUGGCUCAGGUCCAAGUCCUUCUCUACUUCCUUCAGCUUGACAGCAUUCCCACACCUGACAGCAAACGUCAGAGCCUUCUCUUCUCUACUGAAGUAUAACAGCGACGUCCCGCUGUGAGGAAGAAGCUCAGCUGCUUCAACAGGUGGACGCUGCUGGUUUCCUAUUCAUGUAACCACCAGGGGGAGCCUUCGACCCACUGAAAACUGGAAACAGCCACCAUGAGCAAAGCCAUUUCUCCUGGAGCUAUAAUGACCAUGCCCUGUUCUGUUUAAGCUUACCUGCUGUGUCAGUAAAAAGCAUCUGAUUAUGAUGUGUGGACAAAAUAUAUGAUUUCUUUUUUUAAUUUACAUUUUUAAAAGCAAUAUUAGAAUACGAUAUGUUAUUGUUUACCCCCGCUCUGUUUGGUCACUGUGCACAUCAGCUCCAUAUCCAUAGGGGAUGACUUCUGCUGGAUUUUAUAAGAUGUGGGGUGGAUGGACUUUUUCAGACUUAUAUUUUUGAAGUCUAAAUAUAUUUUUGUUUUUGUAGAUCUGUUUGACUUGGUUUCAAGCUCACCUGUGCCAAUGUUUCCCUGCUGACGAUCAGUAGAACAUUUCAGUUAUCCUAAUGUUUACACACUCUGAAUUUUGUACAGAAUUUAAAACGUAUAAGACUGAAAACUGUAGUUAAGAUGCAGCAACAUGCAGGCAUGUUGACCUCAACACUGUUUUCUGUGCUAUACAGUUUGUGUAGUGACCUUUUACAGGUUCUUCUGGUGGAGUCCGGGCCAACUUUCAUGUACAUACCAAUUCUUUUUGGAGGAGGUACAGAGAAGUGAAAGGAAAAAUCAUUCCAGAAAAAGCCCUUUUUUUCCACCCAUGGAAUGUAUACUGUGCUGUGUGUUAAUUUCACACUUGUCUUUUUACCCAUAAUUCAUGCAUCCACUUUUUUUUGGUUAGAUUAUUUCUGAACUGAUGUAUUCAGCUGGAAUCAAUAUAUAUAUAUAUGUGUUACUUUCUGCAUUCCUUCUCUGUAGUCUUCCACCUUUAUAUAACAAAAACCACACUGCUGUAGAAAUGAGAGCACUUGGGAAUGAUAUGAUGAUCUGGAGCACCAAACAUUUCCCAGUAGGAUCCUUGAAGCAUAGUGAUGCACUCAUGUAUUGAGAGUUAUUAAUAAGUUUAUCAUUGACAUGCUGUACCUAGUGUAAGUUAAAGCUCUGUGAAAAAAACCCACUGUGUAUUCACAUUUUUCCAAAUCAUUUUAAGUAUUUAAACUUGUUAGCACAAAGUCUAAAGGCUUUUGAUUCAUGUGAAAUAAGCAAUAACUUUUAGGAUGACCAGUGUGAUAUGUAAAUAAAUACUUGGCAGUA